AUGAAAUGUAAUAUUGAUAAGGACAGGAGUUAUGUUGCAACCGAAACGGAGUGCAAUAACUCUCAAAACGAUGACAAUCAGACCGUAACUGAAAUAAGUUGUAGGCCUCCUGAUAGUCGAAAUGAUAGAUCUGUUACUUGGGAUCCUGACACUGUAGAUAAUGAACACCUCAAUCGGAAGAGCAGCAAAAGUUGCUGUAUUUUUACUGGGAAAAAACGCUGUAAGCACAACUCGGAUAUAGAUGGUAUGCCACUAUACACAUUCAUUUUAUCUGUAGAUAAUUCCGACACAGAUUCCUCCACAUCCGAUACCGAUACCGAUCCAGAAGGAUGA